AUGGCUAAACGCAAACGCGAGCCGACUCCGGAAGAAGAGAAAGAAGAGGAUGGCGAAGAGUUUGAGAUCAACGUUAUCGACAAGGUACGGUGUGUCGCGGACGAGGAUGCUGGUUCGGUGUGGCAAUAUCACGUUAAGUGGUGUGGAUAUCCAAACUCCGACGAUGAUACCUGGGAACCGCAUGAAGGACUUGAACAGACCGUACCGGACCUCCUGGAAAGGCUCUGGCAUGAGAUCGACCCUAAGAACGAGGAUAAGGACUAUAAAGUUGGUGAUGUACUCACACCAAGCCCCGAAUGGAUAGAGAAAGAGAUCAGAGACUCGGCUGAGCGAUGGGACGAUACCCUGAGAGAGAGAGCCAAGAAGGCGAAGAAAAAGGCGAGAAAGGCAGAAUCGAAGAAAGAGGCGAGGAAGAAGAAGGCUGGGAACUUUGACAACGAAGAUGAUGAAGAGGAUGUCGCUUUCGAGGUCAGGAAGGAGGAGGGUUUGCACAAAGACAACGAACGUUUGCGCUCGCAGAAGAAGAAAAGGCCCGGAGCGUUCGAUGUCACUAAACAUCUUGCGGAUGAUCUAAACGAAGGGGCCAAGUCUGCUAGCGAUGUUGGCGAAGCCAGCGAUGAGGACUCUGAUACUCCUCUAGCGUCUCAGAUGCCCAGAGCAUCUAGUGGUUCAAGGUUUGUUAAGAAGAAAGAAAACCCAUACACUCUCGAGCCCAGAGCCGGGCCGUCCAAAGUCUCGGGUAAGCGUGUGGGCGCGAAACGCAAGGUUACUGGCGGCCGUGAAAUGACGGCUACUCAGGAAUCGGAAGAUGAACGUCCGCUUACGAAGCUCAAGAAGAAGAGGACUCUCGAGCCUUCCCCGGCUACAAGCUCGGCUCGUGCUAGUUCCGCUGGAUCUGCGGAAGUGAUAUCGGCCAAGGGUAAGGGUAAAGCAAGAGCGAGGAUUGUGUCUUCCUCUCCGGUGCCCGAAAUACAGGCUCGCCAACCUGGCCGGUCUAGGGCAGCUUCGCCUCGACCUGCUACGCCUCCGCCUAUGUCUGAUGCUGAUGACGCGUCCCUCUUUGGCUCAUCCCCGCACAAGGCGCCGCCCGAACUCAUCUCUGCCCCGAUGAAUAAUGCUGCUCGAGCGACUGCGUCGAAUGUAGCGCAGGAGAAACCCACAGGACCUGUACCCGCUGGGGGAUCCGGGCCCAGCCGUACGAAGCCUACUCGUCCCGUGCAGGUGAUGGAUUUGGGGUACACCGAUGGAAGUACGCUCGGGACGAAGGCUGCAGUCAUCCGCAAGCCGAACCCUUUGGCGAAGGCGGGCUUUCCGAAGUUGGCGCAGAAGCCACCGCUCGCUGUCAGAACAGGUUCGAAGACGGGCACCCCGUCUGGAUCGCCAGUCAUUUCCCAAGGCCCCCGCUCUGCAUCUGGGACACCUCGCAUUGCCCAGCAAUCGCCUGUGGUGGCUCAACAACAUUCAUCCACUUUGCUUCAACAAUCAGCGUCGGGUGCGAGCACAUCUCCGCCAACUCAGUAUAUGGAUGUCGAUGAACCAAUGGUCGCCUCCCCCGUUACUGGGAAUGCAGAAGAGUUCAUUAUGAGCGCUUUGCAGCAACCGACCCCUUCUGUGCCUUCACUUCAGCCUGUACGGGCCUUGGCUGGAACGAAGAUACCAAAGAAAUGGAAGUGGGAGGGUGAAGCAUUUGUCAAGCGGGCAGCAUAUCGAGCCGAACCCUUCGCGCGGGUGAUGAUAUCGGACGCCAUGCAACCGCGGGAGAAGGGUAUGCGGCUCAACAUCCUGUUCAAGACCACAGAGGGCGAAAGCCCGUUGAAUAGCAUCAAGUUUGAGAAGUUGAUGGGCCGCUCUCAAAUCUUACGGUCGUUUCGCCCAGCUUGUCAGGCUCCUAGCCAAUUCGCACGCCUUUCUGCUAGUGGGGCCCAGGACGAGAAGGCGCUCGAUGUGCUGAUGCGCCACAUGUCAAUUCACGAUCUCGGGUCGUACGCAUUCAUGCAGAACUCGGACGAACAUCCUGAAGCACUUCUGAUUCUCGCCCCAUCCUCGCGAUACGUUGCAUGGGGCUUCGCGAACAUCGGACCGGGCGGCAAACCUAUCCCGACAAUCUCGGAAGAGCUUGUGAAAGGCCCGUUCUUCGUCUUCGUGCUCCCUUGGAAUAUGAGUGGACAGAAGAUCUCGACGUAUAGCAUGCGACCCACUGGUGUCGAGCUUCGCCGCGUACUCGAAACUCGCAAGGAGAUUUCGCCGUCUGACCCAGUACCCAAAUCGACGGGCAGGACGCUGCACAGAAAUCCAGCACUUGAACGUGCGCGCCGCAUCAUUGGCCUCCCGGAUCAGCUUCUCAAGUUCCUCGGAGACGGACGCCAUCGACGUUUCUAUGCAAUCUGGCCCUACCCGAGCGACGGCGUAUCCAUAUCUCAGAAGGUCGGCGCCGAGACGGUCAUGCUACGCGACGUGCUUAAAGCCGUGAAUGGGCAAGAGCACGGGCUGGAGUCCAAUCAAGUCCGCGUGCUGUUCGUGCAUGUCGGGAGUAUAGGAACGCUGUCCGAAUCUCCGCAUAUUCUCGAGCGCCGCAAGCAGCAACUUGUCCAAAUAUUCACCUACGGCACACAUCAUACUGUGUCGCCUACUCAAUGGGGAGUGCGCGAGAUAUAUGUGUAUGGCGGUGCGGUCACAUUCAGCCCUGGUCUUGUGAAGGACGCGUAUGGCGCGGCGCGGCGUAUUGCUGAGAUGGCAGACGAGCACCCAAUGUGGACAGCAUUCAUCAGUCCGAGCGUGCUCGCAUUGGCCGCCUAUGAAGCCUACGGCGAGAACCCAAUCCAGAGCUUCGACGAACAUCCGGAGCGGUUCCCCCACCGGAAACUUCUUGAACUCAUAACUAGUGGUCGACUAGCUAUUUUACGCAGGCCUCCAACGCCUGUUCCCAACUUGAAGGAUCACAAGGAGAGGGAUGAGUGGUUUGCUUGGCAUCGUGAUAUCGUUUACCGUGGCGAGCGCGACAUAUUGGUGGAAUGUCUGCGUUGGUUCAACGCCCGCUACGAGCGGGAGUUUGAAAGGUUUCACAAGGACAUCAACGUCACCAACGAAGAGAACAUCCGCAGAUUCGUGCUAGAAGAAUUGGCGACCACUGUCAACUCCGUGAUGGUCCAGCCGGCCAUGAUGGAGUCCGCUCGACGGUUCGUUGUGGUGUUGGGCGAAGGAGAGCACGCGGUGAAAACUGACAAGUGUGGGUUUGAGUGGGAGACGUUAUCGAGAUUCGGCUUCGGAGAUGACUUCUGGCGCGAGGAGGAUAUGGCCGAGAUGCGGCAGAGGUUAUGGUGA